AAAGAGACCUCUAUGCGGUUUCCAUACUGACGUCAUCUUUCUGCGACUAACAAAAGGAGUCAUGGCAUCUGGAAAGAAGCGUGGUCUGGAACAUUUGGAUGAAUAUGAACCAAAAGCAGCAAAAACAGGCAAAAUCAACCUCCAUGAUCGAAUGGCUGAAAGAAGGCUCAUUGUUAUUCUGGAGGGAGCAUCGGUAGAAACUGUGAAGGUUGGUAAAACAUUUGAGUUGUUAAACUGCGAUCAGCACAAAAACAUGAUCAUCAAAAGUGGAAGAGAUCCGGGACACAUAAGACCAGACAUCACACAUCAGUGUCUGCUUAUGCUGAUGGACAGUCCGCUGAACAGGGCGGGCCUAUUGCAGGUUUACAUCCACACCGAGAAAAACGCCCUAAUAGAGAUCAAUCCACAGACCCGCAUCCCCAGAACUUUCACCCGCUUCUGUGGUUUAAUGGUUCAGCUGCUGCACAAACUGAGCGUCAGGGCCGCUGACGGCCCUCAGAAGCUGCUGAAGAUGAUUAAAAACCCGGUGUCUGACCACCUGCCCCCCGGCUGCCCCCGCAUCGGCAUGUCCUUCUCCGCCGGGGAGGCCGUUAACGCUCGGACCGUGGUGCCAGAGGGCCCUGCAGCAGUGGUGAUCGGAGCGUUUGCACAUGGUUCGGUGAAUGUGGACUACACCGAGCAGACAGUCUCUAUAAGUAACUACCCCCUCUCUGCAGCUCUGACCUGUGCCAAAAUAUGCUCCGCCUUUGAGGAGGUGUGGGGCGUCCUGUGACAAACGGAUUACGAUGAACUGCUGAAGGGAAACAACUGUAAUUACAUGGUUCUGAUUGCAGUGGACCAGAUUUACUGGAACAAAUGCUGAGCGUUGCCACAAGAACAACGACAGGAGGAGGAGAGAUCACCCACUCCCACAUAAAUAUUGUUUUUGUUUGUUGAUACUAAAAGAAUUAUCCAUGAA